AUGGCGAGUGAGCCGUUCAUUGACUUCAAGCCUUCCGAGGCAGGGCUUCCGCCCGUUCCGCCGUCCCCGUCCCAGAGCAGCGCCGAAGACGAGCCGCUGGUCCGUAGCGACAAGAAGGCGAAGAAGGAACGUCUGAACUCUAUGAAAACCAAGUCGCUGAUGAUGGUCAACGCCUCAGCAGCGCUCGAUGGAUGCGACGACCAGCUUCUUCCGGCAACCUUUCGCGCUCUGGAACGCGAUCUGAGCUUCCAUCCGUCGCUGCUCGGAUAUAUCACUCUCGCUCAGACAAUGUGCCUCUCGCUUCUCUGUCCUCUUUGGGGCUAUUUGUCUGACCGGCACUCGCGCAAAUGGCUUCUCGCGUUUGGAACGUUUGCAUGGGGGCUCACCACCACGCUUCUCGGACUCGUUUCGGACUUCUGGCAAGUCACAGCCCUGCGUGCUCUCAACGGCGUUUUCCUCGGGAGUGUGGGGCCGAUCUCCCAGAGCAUUUUGGCGGACACUGCUGCGAGCAAGAGCCUCGGCUAUUCCUUCGGUUUGAUCCAGCUCUGCUCGUGUAUCGGGCGCCUCGUUGGUGGUGUCGUCACCACUUCAGUGGCGCUGCUCGACGUUGGUAUGAUCCGGGGCUGGCGUGUGUGCUUCUUUUGCGUCGGCGGCGCGAGCAUUGUCCUCGGGCUUCUCAUCGCGUUUUUCCUCGAGGAGAUCCCCCGGAAGAGUUCACGGAGACGUGCAAAGUUCGUCGAUGAAAGCGGCGGAACAGGUGGGCCGGUCCCGCAGCCGCAGGACGACCAGAACUGGUUGUCCUUUUUCAAGGACGUUUUCUCCCAGUCUCUCUCUACCCCGUCCAUCGUUAUCAUUCUUGCUGAAGGCCUUUUGGGAACAGUCCCCUGGUCCGCCUUCAGCUUCAACACCAUGUACUUCCAGUACUGCGCGAUGAGCGAUCUUGAGGCGGCCGUCCUCACCGGAUCGCUUCUCAUGGGCGCGGCGGCGGGUGGCGUUAUGGGCGGGCUGCUUGGAGACCGUCUUUUCUACUGGAGCCGUGGUCACGGUCGUCCUCUUGUGGGUCAAGUGGCGAUGCUGUGUCGAAUUCCUCUUCUCGUCCUCGCCUACGUUGUGGUCCCGAAGGAGGAAGAAUAUUUCUAUGCCUACUUCCUUAUCGCUCUGUUUGUCGGCUUCACGUCCAUGAGUGGAGUCGCUGUCAACCGGCCGAUUCUCUCAGAUGUUGUUCGCCCGGACCACAAAGGAACGGUCUUUGCUAUCACUGUUGCGCUGGAGGGUAGCAGCGCCGCCAUCCUCGGUGCGCCUUUGGUCGGUGUCCUCGCUGAAUCCGCUUUCGGCUACGAGAGAACUUCGCUCCUGGUCAAGGAUAUGCCUGCCAGUCUGCGACUGGGAAACGCCUCGGCGCUCGCCAAGUCUCUUUUCCUCCUUACGGUGAUUCCGUGGUCCAUCUCGUUCUUCCUGUACGGCAUGCUACAUUUCACUUACGAGAAGGAUCAAAUCGCGCUGGCGAAGAUUGUUAGCGAGGAGUACGAACGCGCAGACGAUGAGGAUAUCGCGCCCACAGACGCGGGUUCUGUCGCUACCCUUGAAGACAACACGUUUAGGGGCGUCCGCAGUGGAUCUGUGCGGACGCCGCCUGUCACCUCGGAUAGUGAUAAUGACGCGGAGAGAAGGAUGGCAUAA